AUGCCGGCAGGACGCGGCAACGAUGAUGAGGUCGCCUCCUCCGUCAUUGAGUUCCUCAAGACGGAGCAUAAGAAGACACUGGAGGCGCUACGCAAGGAGAUUGCCCAACUCCGAGACAAGAACACAGAUCUGAACUACAAGUUGACGCUGUUGCAAGAUGCAGACACGGAACAGCAACAACAACAACAACAACCAGAACCGACAACUGCAGCAGCACAGGAAGCAAAGAUCGAGGCGUUGGAGCAGCAGUGCCACGCACACCAACAAGCACGCCAUGCGCUAGAGCAAGAGCUCAACAUGCUUCGGGCCAAGCUGGCCGCCAUGGACGAGACAGUGGCGGAGCGAGACGCCGUCAUCCGCACAAUGACAACGGAACAGACAAGUCUGCACAAGCAAUGCGCCGCCCUGGAACAAGAGGUGCAGCGGUUACGCGACGACAACUCGCGAUACUCCCGCCGCCAAGCCGAGCUUGUCAUGCAACUGCGAAACGCUCGCGCAACACCAUCGCCAGCCAAGCACCAUGCCGCCAACAGCCAAGACCACGCGGCAUCUCCCGACACUGCACAGCGCACAAGCUCAUCUGGAUCGAGAACGCCCAACAGCGUCACAACGCUUGCCAGUCCCCGCCCUCCGCACGCCGUGGGCGGUCCACGGCACUCGCGAACAACACAACCGUCACCGUCAGCGCCACACGAGCCCGGGUCAUCCCCACUCUCCCCAACAUCGCCAGCAACACCACCCUCCGCCACCCGUCGCCUGCGCACCCCGUCUGUCACAUCCCCACUCCGCAGCACCGCUGGUAACAGCAGCGGCGGCGGCGGUGGUGGUGUCGUUGUGGCGGAUAUGUCGCCGCCCCGGGAUCCCCGCCAGUCCACGCGCGCGUCACGCACGCGCCACCGCAGAUACGCGCGCCCGGCAGCGUCGCCAACAACUGCGGGUGUGGGCACCGAUGCCGAGUACAUACAGCGGGAGACGGAGCGGCUGCGGCUCGUGUCUGCAUCUGCGCGGGGGUCUGGACGCAGGCGGCUGGGCUCAGCCAACUACCCGGUCGUGCCGCCCAUCGCGCCAUCAUCACCGUCACCAACAUCAUCGCCGCCACCGCCCUCUUUGCAUGGGCGCAUACACGGCAGCAGGGAAGGCGGGGAAGUAUUGAGUGGUGGCAACAGCACUGACACCAGCAAGAGAAGACCACAACACCAGGCGUCACCUGAUCACCACCACCACCAUCACCACCAUCAUCGGGAUGGCGGUGAUGAGGCAUAUCGGCCAUCGCCACCACGCGGGCCCGUGCUCUCCUCCAACCACCGCGUGCGCAGGAGCUGGGAGAGAUACGAGACUACCAGCACGGGUCGAAGCCAUCACACCAAUAACAACGACAACAGCAGCAGCGGUGACAGCACCACCGGCCACCAUGGCUUGGGCGUGGAUGGCCGUGACCACGGUGCACAGAGUGGCCCCAUGCGUGGUCAGGAUGUUGGUGUUGAUGACAACGAGGACGAUGCUGAUCCGCACAGGGCUGCUGGGCGCCACGUUGGUGACGGUGGUCGUGUUGAUGGUGGUGGUGACGGCAUGAGCCCGGCAUCAAGGGCAACGGCAGCGGCAGUUGCGCCGAGAAGGAAGAAAGGCGCUGGUGUCCGCGGCGGUCAUCGCGAUCAACACAUGCACACACCACCGACCGCUGUUCGCCAGCUGCCAACACCGCCCUCACCCCGCAUCAACCGCUCCUGA